UAUAAUUAGCAGAAGAUUUUUCUGUAUAGUUGGCACACUAUACCUGUACCGGUGUAUUACCAUGUAUGUGACUACACUCCCAGUUCCUGGCAUGCAUUUCAAGUGUUCUCCGAAGCUUUUUGGAGACUGGGAAUCUCAUCUGAGACGAAUAAUGAAGUUGAUUGCUGGAGGAGGAUUGUCCAUCACGGGAUCCCACAACAUGUGCGGUGACUAUCUGUACAGCGGCCACACCGUCAUACUGACGCUCACAUACCUGUUCAUCAAAGAGUAUUCCCCACGGCGACUCUGGUGGUAUCACUGGCUUUGCUGGGCACUCAGCAUGGUUGGGAUGUUCUGCAUCCUCCUUGCUCAUGACCACUACACUGUGGACGUGGUGGUGGCUUACUACAUCACUACAAGGCUAUUCUGGUGGUAUCACACAAUGGCCAACCAGCAAGUGCUAAAAGAAGCUUCCCAAACUAACCUCCUUGCCAGGGUGUGGUGGUACAAGCCCUUCCAGUACUUCGAGAAGAAUGUGCAGGGGAUUGUACCUCGCUCCUACCACUGGCCCUUGCCCUGGCCGGCGCUGCCGCGGGGCAGGCAGGUCAAGUACAGCCGCCUGGGCAGCGACACAUAGCAGUGCCCAUGGACACCCCAGCGGGGAAGGACUUGUCCCAAGUGCUAAGAACUCCACCUGAGAAGAUGCCAUAAAAAGAAUCAACAGCUCCCUAACCCUUUCUUUUAACAGCUCCUUGACCUGUUGAGUUACCUGGUAAGCACUGUGAUCUUUUUUUCCUCUCCAAAGGAUCUGCGUUGGACAACAAUAAAGAGAAUUGAACUGCUCGUCAUGCACUGUUAGACAUUUCUUGUUGAGAGAGUUGGGAUUUGCAUUUCUCCCUCCCCAUCGCCAUGUUCCUUUGUAUAUGAUGCUCCAAACAUUAACUGAAAGCUUUUAUAAUCAUAUCAGUUCUGGUCUUUCCAGUCACGUCUGGGAAUAAAGCAGAUUAUUUUCUUGGGAAAACAUACUUUUCAUAUCUCUUGCCCCAAAGAUUGGGCUCUAAGCCAUUUUCUAGCAAAUGAAGGUUUCUAAAAUACCUGCCUUGGGUGAAAUCAUGAAAUCUUUCUACCUGUUGCACCGUGCUCUGAAUAAGAUGACAGACACAGAAAGGUUUGAUUUUGUAGACUCUGCAGUGACUGUGUCAAAAGGUGAUAAAAAAAUAUAUAUAAAAAAGAUGUAAAGUGAUUUUCUAAGUAUUUCCUAACUUUAUUUUUCAAAAUGUGUAUGAAAAAAAGAAAAAAAAACAAAUUUAAAAAGAUUUUUACAUGUCAGAGAAUAGAGAGUUAAAAUUUAAAGCUUCUGGGGAGAGAGAGAGAGAUUUGUCUAUGUUUCUAGUGCCUUUCUUGUCUUGAUUGUAUGGUCAGUAGGCAGUCUUCAAUGUUUUUAUUUAAAAUAAAGUAUUCCAUGAGAGCAGAAUUAUAUAUACUGUAUAAUGACUUAAUUUUUUUGCAUUUCUAGCUAAAUUAAACUGGAAAUUUGCUUGAUAAGGUUGAGAUUGCCAUGUGUAGGGGGGCAAAAAUCCCACCAAAAGGGUCAGGCCUUGCUCACACAUUGUGGGCAGGUCAAGCUAAAAGGCAUCACUUUCCUGUCUCCUUGGUAGCUGCAUGUUACCAAGCAAAACAGCCACGAACUCCUGUUUUUUAAGAGUUUUA